CCUCUCUGGGCUGGGAGCCUUGUAUAAAAGAGGUGUCCCAGCGACGCCCCAUCACAACUCCGACCUCCUGGAGCAGAGCGAGAACAGGCAUGUCUGAGAUGGCGAGUCGGACCACCCCUGUGACUGAGAGGAAGAGCCACCAGACCAAGAAGCUGGAGAUGGGCGUGGGAUCCUACAAGAUAUUCAUCUACGAGCGAGAGAACUUCCAGGGCCGCUGCAGGGAGUUCACUGGCGAGUGCAUGAACCUGUGUGAAGCUGGGUUUGAGCAGGUGGGGUCGAUCCGCGUGGACUGCGGGCCCUGGGUGGCCUACGAGCGCUCCAACUUCUGCGGGGAGAUGUUCACCCUGGAGAAGGGCGAGUACCCACGCUGGGACUCCUGGUCCAACAGCCGCCAGAACUAUUACAUCAUGUCCUUCAGGCCCGUCUGCAUGGAGUCCGAGCAGCAUAAGAUCUGCCUGUUCGAGAUGGCCGAGUUCAAGGGCCGCAAGAUGGAGAUCGUGGACAACGACCUGCCCAGCCUCUUCACCUACGGCUUCACCGACCGGGUGGGCAGCACCAUCGUGAGCUGCGGCACCUGGGUGGGCUACCAGUACCCGGGCUACCGUGGCUGCCAGUACCUGAUGGAGAGGAAAGACUUCAGGCACUGGAAUCAGUGGGGUGGUCCCCAGCCACAGAUCCAGUCCAUUCGGCGAAUCCGUGACGGACAGUGGCACAGGGUCGGCUGCUUCAACUAGAAGCCGGUCACCGGGACCCAACGGGACUGACACCUGCACAGUGAUGAGUGUAAGGUGCGGGGUGCAGAGCAUUGAUCGACGGCUCAGUUCUUCAGGACCAACACUCAUCAGUGAGUUACAAUGAGGCAAUUGGUCAAUGGCAGGUGUUUACAGACUUUGUGAGCAAAAAAUAAAUUAAUUUUAAACACACUAAAAAA